AUGGAAACGCACGCGGAGACCGUCUGCCGGCUCGUGCCCAACAUUUGUCAGUAUUACACCGCCGACCGGUUCAAUUGGACUCUUGUGCCCAAACACGACUGGUGAAUGAAUCUCUUUUGAACUCUUGCAGUUUAGUCGAAAAUGAGCAAUUAUAGCUGAACUUGUUACCGUCUAGAAACGUGUUUAUAGAGAAACUGAAACUGAAACUGACAUUUCAUUCCAGGUUUAGAACAUUUUAGCGUUCAAUUCAAUUGCACCUAAAAAUGAACUACAUACAUAUAAAAAUACUUUGACUAAAAAUAAGCAAACCACAUUGAAAACUACAAAACAAGCCAUUUUCAAAGUGCGCGUCUAGAAACAGUACAAUACCGAAAAACUGGAAGCCAUUUCGGAAUAUGAUCUUUUUCAGGAUGCAAAGCGAUAAGUACCUCAACGCAGACGUCUCGAAAUGGGUGGACAAGUUUGUGAGUUGGACAGUAUUUACAGUAACUUGUUCUAGAAAAGUUGCGCAUGAAACUGAUGGAGAUUUCACAGUCUCCAGAGCUGACAAUGGGCGCAAGUGCGCGAAAUUCAAAUUUUAACAGCCAAAUGCGUGUUUUUUGCCAGAUUAGCCACGAAAAACCGAUAAUUUCUCAUUUGUCUCUCGAUAGACCGAUUGUUUAGGCUAUUACGAAUUUUUUAAGCGCAAGAGCGUUAAAUUUGGUCAAGUUUGAAGAUUUUUCGCUAAAAUUGCGUGAAUUUCAGUUGCUUUUCGGUAGUUUUCGCGGUUCCAGCGCUCAAAAUGCUUGUAUUUACGUGAUUUAUCAUUCUCAAAACCAAUUCUGUCGGAAAACGAUCAAGAAAGCGCAAAAUGAGAAGUGCGGCGAAGGCGAAAUAGCGAAAUCCGUGAAAAAUGCGCCAAAACAUCAUUAAUUCUGUGAGAAUUAGUGUGUUUUCAUGUCGAACAAUCAUUUUUCAUCGCCGUUGACCACACAAAAAUCAGAGAAAACCAGCUCAAUUCAUGAAAGCCUCUGGAGACCGUGGAUUUAAGGACUUUUCGAAACACGUUUCGAACACUAGACAGUUCGCAAGUUGGCAAGAUUUCAGCGUCGAGAGCACGACGGCGACGACUCGGGACUGCUGACGCUGGUACCGCCGGGACUCUACGUCACCCUCAACAAAUACGUCUUCCCGUUUCAAUUUCUGUUCGGCGUCAUCGGAAAUGUGCUCAAUCUGUGCGUGCUGCUCAGCAGAAACAUGCGAAAUGAGGUGUGUUUAGAGAGUGGAGCGCUUGUGCUACAGUCACCCCGUUUUGCAGGCGAACAUUCUCCUCUCGGCGAUGGCGAUCUGCGACAUCAUCCUUCUGUUCACAAUGCUGCCAGUGUCGCUGGGUGUCUGGUAUCCGAUGUACAUGUCCGACUGGUUCCGCUCGUUCAUCUUCAAGUCGAACACGUGGACCAUAUUCCUGGCCAACUUUUGCUCGUGCAUCACCAGCUGGCUCAUUCUCGCCGUCUCUGUCGAGAGGUACAUGGGCAUCCGGUCGCCGAUUCAUUUCCGCUACCACUGGCGCACCUCGCGCGUCUUCUUCCUCAUUUUCUCGAUCAUCAUCGGCUCGCUCUUCCUCACCUUUUUCCACACCUUCGAGUACAAGUACGGAUACGCGAUGAUCCGCAACGGCACAAAGUUGUACGGAUCUCCGGUUAAUGUUAACAAGGUUUGUGAAUCAUGGAGUAGAACAGAGAUGUUGGGAAUUCCGUGUUCCGUGUUCCGUGUUCCGUGUUCCGCGUUUUUUUCAAUAUUUUUUCCGUGUUCGUGUUCCGUAAAAAAAAAAUUUCCGUGUUCCGUGUUCCGUAUAAACUAUAUUUUCCGCGGAAAAAUGCUCGCCUCGUAGAUCAAAUUUAUCUCCGGAAAGAUUAGGACAAUUGACGUUUUGUGGUCAACAUUUGAAAAUUUUCGGAUUCGGACCAUAUUCGUGAAAAGUGGAUUCCAUUUUCAGUCGUUUUUUACUGUAGUUGUUUACUGUUGUGUUGUUGGUUUUGUUAUUUUUAUGAAAUUUUCAGUAAAACUUUCACAUGAGUCAAACAGCUGCCUUGUCAGUCAGAUAAUCGAAUUAAACAAAACAUUAUUUAAAAAAAAAUCACUGGAAUUCUCUUGAAAACGCUUUUUUCCGUGUUCCGUAAAAAAAAAUUUCCGUUUUCCGUGUUCCGUGUUCCGUAGAAAUAAGUUUUUUUCCGUUUUCCGUGUUCCGUGUUCCGAAAAAAAAAAUUUUUUCCGUUUUCCGUGUUCCGUGUUCCGUAAAAAAAAAAUUUUCCGUUUUCCGUGUUCCGUGUUCCGUAGAGUAAAAUUUUUAUUCCCAACAUCUCUGGAGUAGAAGUCAAUGAAACGAUACUCUUUAAGCUGAUCGAUGUGCCGCAGUGGGUGAAGCAGAUGAUAAACGUGUUCAAAGUGCUUCAAGUGCUGUUCGGAGUGGUCACGCCGACGAUCGGCAUCUUCAUCUUCAACAUGCUCAUCGUGCUCAUGCUCCGCAAGUCCGAGUACUUUAACUUUCGGUCCGCCGAGAGUCACGAACGAUCCAGGUACACUGGAGCAAUAAAACGGGCUCAAUUUCUGGAUCAUUUCACCGACUUCCUCUUUCUUAUUUUCGUAUAGUUAUAUCAUCGUCAUUGUUUUCAAUGAUAAUGUCACCGCAACCUUCUUCUUUUCGGCCUAACGAGCAUUCUCACGGGAAAUGGGGGGAAAUUGAGAACAAAUUUUUGAUAAAUACGCCUCUCAUUUUUCGAGGGACCAUUUCAAAUUUGUUGCAGCCGAAAGUUUUCCGAUCUGGAGCUCCGUCAGAAGCGCGACAUCAAAGUGACGUUCACCGUUUUGGCCAUCAUCUGCUGCUAUUUCGUGACUCAUGUAAGUGGCGGUGCCAAUCAACCGCGAUCUACUACUCCCCAAAUAUUGCGGCCUUCCAGAUUCCGUCCGUCCUUCCAUUUGUGCUCGAGCUGUUCGGUUUGCAUCCGGAUUGGGUCAAAGUGUACGCGAUUCCGAUUGCGAGCUCAUGGCUCAUCACCGGAAAGGUUCGAAAUGUUUUUUACCGCUUCGGAUUGACUUGUUCUCCGCGAAUUCCGUUUGAAGUUUUGAUUAAUGUCAUUUUUAACCUAUAAUUUAAUUGAACGGCUGAAUUUUGACAGACGUCUAGUCAAAAACACUCUUUUCUUGGCCGGGGGAGCCUAAAUUAGUUAAAUUUUGGUCCCCAAAGUUCCGAUUCGCUAAAAAUACGGUUUCAAAGUGUCUAUAUUGAGAAAAUUUGGUUCCGACAACUCGUUUCCAUUGAUCGUUGCUUUUUUUCGGUUCGUUCCUCGAUUUUAGACUAGUGCCGUCCCAAAUUGUAUUCAAAAUGAAGCCCUGACCGGAUUAUUCAGUACAAAAGUGCACAUUUCUGAGGAAAACAUCAGUGAGCACACUAAAACUGCAUUUUGGCUCAAAUCUACCAAUUCUGAUGGUCCAAACUGUAUCAAACUUGAAAAUUGGGGGUCUUACGAUGGUAUUUUUGAAAAUAGAGUUCAACGAAUACAGUUACAAAACGUCAAUGUUGCUGUCUCUUUCUCGAUUGUCCGUUCUGAUCCGAUUCGUGCACAAAUCCUCUCAGAAACACCAAAAAAAGAACUGUCUUCAGGUGGCGAACUUUGUCCUGUUCUGCAUGUCGUCCGAGUACUUCCGUCGCCGCCUACGCGAUCUUCUCCGCGGCCAAGUAAGUUGGUUCCGCUGGAUGUGCACGGAGAAGCGACGGAGCAGGUGGGUGGGCGGUGUGUGCUACUUCUUCUUCUUCUUCUUCUUUUCCUUCUCCUCCUCCUUUUUUCCCAUUUUUUCCUCGAUCGACAACUGAUUCUUCUCAUUUCGUUCGGAAAAUUCAAAGUUCAUUUUACUGUCAAGAUAUUCAAAGUUUUGUUUGAUUUUGACCGCUUCUAGACCCAAAAUCACGUAAUUUUUGUUUGUAGUUGCAACAAAAAUCCAAGCUUUUUGAAGCGAAAAACCAAAGAAAUCCGACUCCUCCUCUUAUUUUGCCUCCUUCCUUGAUUCGAUUCACGUGUGCCACACCCCCACCCACCCACCCACGCAUUCCAAUUAUUAUCAUUUUCUCGUUUUGUUCUUAAUUGAAAAUGCAUGGCUUUGAGUUAAAGUUGAACAAAAGCUUGAACAAAUACUGUAUCAGAAGCCGCAUACAAUUUCGAAACAAUGCUGCCAACUCUAGUUUCAACUGAAAAUGGGCUUCUGGAACGGGAAGUACGGUAUUCUGAAGAUUAAUCAUUUUCAGUUCGACGUGUGCGGAGCCAAAAAGAAGUUCAGUGGUGUCUCUAGUGCGCAAUCGAUUAAAAGUCAGGCUUACCGGCUUAAAAGGUACCGACGUUUGCAAAGCCACGUAUCUCAGUUGUGCGUGAAGAUAUCAAAAUGUUGUCAACUAAUGAAAUGUUCAUUAUAAAAGUGUCUACAUUUUACUAGUUGACAACUUUUUGAUAUCUAUACAGGCAACUGAGAUACAUCGCUUUGAACAAACGGUAUUUUAGAAUUGCCGUUUUACUAAAGAUUUACUACGAAAAAGCAACCGUGACCAUUAAAAACUUCAGAUUCCGCGAUCGAGACGACAUACAAAGACAGAGCAGUUGUCUGACUCAAGUCGAGUGA